UCUAAAUGGGCCGCGACCUUGCCGGUCCGGUUUUCAAAACCUCGCCUAUCCAAUCCGUUCACCGACCUGCGAGAAGCUCAAGGAAGAGGAACGAUGUACCUCAUCUCUCCCUUCUCCUCGCCUUCUUCCGUGCUCGCUUCAUCAACUUCCAGAAGUUUUCCAGGCGCUAGUGCGGUUCCUGUCAGGACUUCCAUAUUAGCGUCCGAGCAAGAACAAAGGUUAGGGUUUGAACACGAUUUUGUUUCUCGCAGUACCUGGGCAGGCGAUCGAAGGGAUAGAAGCCGGAGGAGGGAUCUUCUUUUGGUUUCGUUGAUUUCCUACAGCUCUAUGCUGGCGCUUUCUUCUGCCUCCGGGAAGGUGAAGGGUAGCAACCCUUACAAUGAGAAGCGACUGCUCGAACAGAACAAGAAGAUACAAACGGCCAACAAUGCUCCUGAUGAUUUCCCCAAUUUCGUUAGAGAAGCCUUUCAAGUUAAAGUAGUGACUUCAGAUAACUAUGUGAGGACCGACUCCGGACUCAUCUAUCUGGAUAUACUGGUUGGUAAAGGUGAUUGCCCAAAGGAGGGUCAGCAGGUCACAUUUCACUAUGUUGGUUAUAAUGAAUCAGGCCGUCGUAUUGACAGCACUUACCUGCAAGACCGACCUGCUAAAAUUCGACUAGGGAAUAAAUCAUUGGUCCCAGGAUUUGAGGAAGGAAUAAGGGACAUGAGACCAGGAGGGAAAAGAAGAAUCAUUAUUCCUCCAGAACUAGGGCCUCCAGUAGGACCUUCGACAUUCUUCAGCGCAAAGCAAUUUGAAGUUUUUGAUAUAGAACUUCUCGAUGUGAACGAUUGCCAGAGAAGAACAAUUGGAUUUUACUCUGAUGUCGUCUGUAAUUGAGAAAUUUAUUACACUCCUGUUCAAAAUAAAUUCCAGCCAUCCUCAUAAUGUCAAUAGGAUGGUGCAAACUCACUCCCUUCGUAGACUGUGGUAACUUCUACCUUUAGCACUUUAACAGUUCA